GGGAGUGCGGGCGGCGCGGGCAGCGGAGCAGUAAAGAUGGACGCGCGCGGGUCUCCGCCCUCCGCUCCCGGCUGAGACGCUUGGCGGCGGCUGCGGCGGCGGCCCGCAGCAGCGGCGGCGAUGGCGGAGAUGGAGCACCUGGGCGGGAAGCGGGCCGAGUCGGCGCGGGCACGGCGGGCCGAGCAGCUGCGGCGCUGGCGGGGCUCGCUGACGGAGCAGGAGCCCGCCGACCGGCCGGGCGCGGAGCUGCCGCCGCAGGCUCAGCGCGGGGGCCCGCGGGUCCGCUUCGAGGACGGCGCCGUGUUCCUGGCCGCCUGCUCUAGCGGGGACACCGACGAGGUGAGGCGGCUCCUGGCCCGGGGCGCCGACGUGGACACGGCCAACGUGGACGGCCUGACCGCCCUGCACCAGGCUUGUAUUGAUGAAAAUGUGGACAUGGUGAAGUUUCUGGUGGAGAACGGAGCCAGUGUGAACCAGCAGGACAGCGAGGGCUGGACGCCCCUCCACGCAGCAGCGUCCUGUGGCCACCUCAACAUCGCGGAGUAUUUCAUUAACCAUGGAGCCAGCGUGGGUGUUGUGAACAGUGAAGGGGAAGUCCCCUCUGACCUCGCAGAAGAGCCUGCCAUGAAGGAUCUUCUUCUGCAGCAAGUGAAGAAGCAAGGGGUCGAUCUCGAGCAGUCGAGGAAGGCAGAGGAACAGCAGAUGCUGCAGGACGCCCGCCAGUGGCUCAACAGCAGGAAAAUACAGGAUGUGAGGCAGGCGCGCUCAGGGGCCACUGCCCUCCACGUGGCUGCCGCCAAGGGCUACUAUGAGGUCCUCAGACUUUUGACUCAGGCUGGCUAUGAGCUCAAUGUCCAGGACCGCGACGGCUGGACCCCGCUCCAUGCCGCCGCACACUGGGGGGUGAAGGAGGCGUGCUCCAUCCUGGCAGAAGCCCUCUGUGACAUGGACGUCAGGAGCAAACUGGGCCAGACACCGUUUGAUGUGGCUGACGAGGGCAUCGUGGAGCACCUGGAGAUGCUGCAGAAGAAGCAGAGCGUGCUUCGAAGUGAAAAAGAGACACGGAAUAAGCUCAUUGAGUCGGACCUGAACAGCAAGUUGCACGGUAGACUCUUUAAGAACAAAGAGAAGAUGCUCUAUGAGGAGGAGACACCAAAGCCCCAAGAAAUGGAGGAUGAAAACAAAGAAUCCAGCAGCUCCAGCUCAGACGAGGACGAAGGUGAAGAUGAGGCUUCUGAGUCAGAAACCGAGAAGGAGGCGGGUGAUGCCGAGACCCUCUGUCUGCAGAGCACGGGGGGUCACUGCUUGUCACAAGAUAAAAAGCCGGGAGCCAUCGUCAACCGUUCCAACUCCGAAAGCAAGAGUAGUGCCGCCGAGCAGACACCAGCACCAGCGCAGAUCAUCUCCUCCACCUCUUCAGCCAGGAGAGUUAUUACAAAGUACUUAGUAGAGUUCCCUAUGCUGUACGGUACAUUCUCCGGCCUUUUCAACAAGCCGGAAGAGCCCAGAGAUGAGUCUCCGUCUUCGUGGAGGCUGGGCCUCAGGAAGACCGGCAGCCAGAACGUGCUGGGCGAGGCGGCCAGGUCCAGGGAGGCCCUGCGGGACCGGGGCGCGUCCAUCCACCGCUCGGCCUCCAGCCCCCGCAUCUCCACUGUGCUGGACACCAGAGAAAAGGAGCGAGAAAGCAGAAGCUCUUUCAGCGCACUGGGGCCGCGGAGGCUGAGCGCCGCCAGCGACCUGGAGGAGAAGGAGAACAGAGAGUCGGCUGCUCACCUGGUGCGGAGUGGCCCCCCCGCCCGCCAGCUGCGGAGGGACGGAGCGGAGGGGAGUGAAUCUCUGCAGACAGCCGCCCCUUCCACCUACGUGACAACCUACCUGAAAAGGCCUCCUUACAAAUCCCAGGCUGACUCCGCAGCGGAGAGAACAGUAGACGGUGUCUCUUGCGGCACCCCGCUCUGUGUGAUCACGAAUCGCCCCCCACCUAGCACUGCCAAUGGGGUUACAGCUGCCGCUCUGCUCUCCACUCCUGGAACGGACUCCUCUGUGGAAGCCAGGGAGAGGAGGAGGUCGUAUCUGACUCCUGUACGGGACGAGGAAGCAGAGUCGUUACGGAAAGCGCGCUCCAGACAAGCUCGGCAGACUCGCAGGUCUACCCAAGGUGUAACCCUGACGGAUCUCCAGGAAGCAGAAAGGACGUUCAGCCGGUCGAGGGCAGAGCGUCAGGCUCAGGAACAGCCCAGCCCGAAGCCCGUGGGCCCCAGAGGGCUCGAUGGCAGCGCCCAGAAGCAUGAGCCCCUGGCAGCCCCUGCAGAGGAAGCUGGGGAGAGCCGCCAGCCCUGGGACCGGAGUCUGGAGGAUCAGCCUGUGUAUCGUCGCCUGAGGAUUCCGGCUCAACCAGACAAACCCAUGACACCAGUGUCACCUCCUGCCCCGAGACCCUCCCUCUACACCAGUUCCUACCUGCUCCGGACGGGUAGGUCUUCAGCCCCUGAUUCAGAGAGUUCAGAGCCCCCCGCCAGCCCUGCAGGGGCAAAGGAAAUGGACAAAAACGAGGGCGAAGAAGCAGAUUUGGGUGAUCAGUCGUCUAACAGGCUGUCCAUUCGUGAGAGGAGGCGGCCCAAGGAGCGACGAAGAGGCACAGGCAUCAACUUCUGGACGAAGGAUGAAGAUGAAACUGAUGUCUCGGAAGAGGUGAAAGCAGCGUGGCAUGAACGACUUUCUAGGUUGGAAUUGGGAGGCAGUGACGCCAGCAGCGAGCGGGCCUCGGCCAGAGCCCGCCGGGAGGCCCGCGAGGCCCGCCUGGCCACCCUGAGCAGCCGCGCAGGGGAAGACAGCAGCAGGGACUACAGAAAGCUCUACGAGAGCGCCCUGACCGAAAACCAGAAACUGAAGACAAAACUUCAGGAGGCCCAGCUCGAGCUGGCAGACGUGAAAUCCAAGCUUGAGAAGAUGGCCCAGCAGAAACAAGACAAGACCGCCGACCGGUCGUCGGUGCUGGAGAUGGAGAAGCGGGAGAGGCGAGCCUUGGAGCGGAAGAUGUCGGAGAUGGAGGAGGAGAUGAAGAACCUCCACCAGCUAAAACAGAUUCAGACCUUGAAGCAGAUGAACGAGCAGCUGCAGGCUGAGAACAGGGCCCUGACCCGGGUUGUGGCCAGACUCUCGGAGGCCAUCGAGGGCUCGGACCCCCAGGGGCUCUAGGCCUGCCCCCUCCUCCCCUCCUCCACUCCAGGUCCUGACAGAACUGAAAUCCGACAACCAGAGGCUGAAGGACGAGAACGGCGCCCUCAUCAGGGUCAUCAGCAAGCUGUCCAAGUAGGCCAGGCGCUGGCUUCCCGGGACGGCGCUGGCCCCGCCUCUCCCUCCGCCGGCACCCUCCGGCCAAGAGGAGCCACGAGGACCUUUCUCUGGCCGUCGUCCAGUUGCCGCCUCUGCACCCUCCGUGUCCCCUCCUCCGGCCCCCGCCGCUGGGGUUCAGACAGUUUUCAUCAAAGCGCGACUGCGAUCCCUCAACCGUUAGAGCCGUCUGGUGGAGGCCUGGGGGUCGCCAGGCCAGCCGUGGACCCGGCCUCCGGCUGCCGGGCCACUGGUCCACGUAGCACUUGGUCCAGGCCCUAGCCCUGCCGCCACCACCAUGCGCUCUCAUGUGGGACACACAUGGGGAGGCCUCUGGAGCUGCCGCCACUAGAUCCAAGUUGACAGUGACUCCACGUCGGGGCCCCUGCUUGUCCUUGCCUCUCAGGAACUGACUUUUCUCUAACUCCCGCCGGUGGUGGUGGAAUUUUUUCUACCAGCAACCCAGUGGCACCUGACUGGUCUUAACGCCCGUUCCCUCCGUGUCUGGCCCUCUCCCCAGGGCUCAGGUGACCGGGCUUGCCUCUUCCCUUUCUGCCCUUUUACUUUCCUUCCUCCGUCCGCCCCGCGGCGCGUGCCCCGGGAGGUGGGCGCUGGGACAGAGCACCGACCCCAGCGGUGUGCCCGGGCAGUGGUACCGCCGGCCUCUCCCCGGCCAGGCCGGGCUCAGCUCCCCGCCGUCCUCCCCACGCAGCGUUUCUCUGCUAGAACACCCGCCUGCCCCACCUCCCUUUGACCUGGUCUCCUCUCCUGAAGAGAAGUGGCGCCGCUGUGAGGAGGCGUGGGGGCGUCUGAGGCCCCCCCCUCAUGCCUUGUGCUGUGAGCGUGGUGGGCUUGAUGGCAUCUGGGGCGUGUCCAGGGGAGAGACGAUUGUUUGCUCGGAAGCCAGCAGGAGGAACGAGUCUGGACUCGGAGUGGCGAGACCCGGUGGCCAAGGCUGUGUCCCAGGGACCCCACCCUGCCGUCAGGGAGCCUCUGGCGGCUACGCCUUGAUCGCUCGAAAGCUGGGCGGCUUGGAUGAGAGUUGAGGUCUUCCUGAGGGUCCCCCUGUAACGUGACAGCCCUGCUGUACCUGCGGCUGGGGACCCCCGAGGUGCUGACGCUCCCCUGGGCCUGGAAGUCGGUCCCCACGUGCCCUGCUUUUCCCACCUGCCCCGUCUUGGCUGUCCUUCUCUGGACGAAAACCUGGACAGGUGGCUCCCUGGGUUCAGCACAGAAUUGGGUCAUGAGUUCUUGAUGAUGCCCCAGUAUUAACACUUAAGUGUUUGCUUUUUGUAGGCGCUUUAUCCCUCGGCUGGUUUGAGUGUGCAGGUCGCUUUGGGGUUGCUGGAGACAUUUAGUGUGUAGCGGUCCGUUCUCAACAUACGCUACCUCUGUCUAGUUUCUCUUUCUUUCCAGCCCCUUCCAUGGCCCUCAGAAGCGUCACAUGCUCUUUAACCCAGAGCCAUGAUCAAGGUCCCAGUUCGGGAUAGGAGCUUUGUCUCCUGGGGCAAAACGCCUUUCUCAGAGUGUGCAAAACCUUCCAUGUCCGGCCAUUUCCUGCGAGGAGCGACGCCUGGGCGGGGAUGAUUUGUGUCGUCGGGGCCGGGGGGGUUGCGUGGGGGGGAUGCUGAGAGUGAAGUUUCAUAUCUUCCACUGUAGCGUUUCCUUUGUUCUGGGGGAGGGGAGCGGGCACGAGGCCUUGGCCUUGACCCUGGCUCUCCGGCACACCCUGGGUGCUGGGCCAGGACUGGAAAAGGAAACUGAAUUAUUAGGACAUCACCUGGACUCUCUUGCAUCAGGCAGACCAGGCAGAGGGGCCGCAGCACGCCCUCCGCUCCGUCUGUGCCUUUCGGGGGCGCGGGCGGCUCUCGGAACCCGGUCGGGCUGUGUCCCGCGCCUCCCUCCAGCCCUUCUGUGUCAGGCCUCUCCACUCAGGAAGCCAGGCUCUGUGGCUAGAGCCCGUGGUGUGGACCAGCCCGUGAUCUCAGGCGCUUUCUCUCUUAUGCAACUAAGUCUGUGAGACAGACUCUGAAUCUGGUCUCUUUCCAGGCUGUGCUGGUCCGCGAGGUGAUGGUCAGGGGCCCCCUCGCUACCUCUGGGGUUGCGCCCUGUCACCGCGGUGCCUGGAUGGGUGGUCAGCGCUGGGGGGAGGGCCUCGUCGGCCUUGGCCAGCCGUUUUCUGGACAGGUCGCACCUCUGGGAGGGACAACCAGCCUCUGAGAGUCUGAGUCUCUGGCUGAAGCCUCACUGCUUCUCCCCCUCGUGCCUGAGGCCCCAGGCUGGGCCUUGGAAGGGUCUGAAGGAAGGACGCGCCCUGGCCUGUCUCCUCGGCCCACUUGCAGGGCGUCAGCUCCUCUGCUUCCCUGCGCUGAGCAAAUCGUGUGCAUGUUAGCGCCACUCGGGGCAAAAGGCAGCUGGAAUCCCACUUCCAAGCCUGUGGACCCCACCAAGGUGUGUGUGAACUGCCAGCGUGGAGGGGAGCAGCUCGUCUCCGUCUCCAGGUUUCUGGCCCUGGAGCAGGCCUCUCCCACCCAGACGGACACAGACAGAGGGGCUUCCCAGCUUCCAGGCCACCGUGUGCCUCCGAAGGGAAAACCUCGGGGACUCAGCAGCUGGGCCAGUAGGGAGUGGGCCCCUGGUUCCAUCCACUGGGUGAGCGCUGGCGUCCUGGCCUCCAGCACCACCCCUGACUCUGGACGUGGCGGCCAGCGGUCAUAGGUGGUCCUGCCCCUGUCGGGGCCCAGUUACAAGUACAGAGCGUGGUCCCCAUUACUGAGUUUUAAGGCAGGUUUCAGCACCUCGGAGGGUGUGUCUCCUGACCUUGUAGGAAGGCAGCUGUGGCGGCAGAACGAGGCCGCUGAAAGGACCGGGCGUCGGGGCCCGGGGCCAGCGCCUGUCCUGACCCGCCGUGCGGCCGUCUGUGAAAGGGGGCUGGGUCGGUGGUCCUCAGGACCCCUUCUUGGCUUGAGAGUCUGUGGUUUGUUGAUUCCUAGGGAGACCAGAACAUUUCUCGCUCAGAGUUUUUGCUCUAACUUCAAAAAUUCUUUUCUUCUCAUUCAGAUGGUUUAAGAGUGUGUCAAGGUGGGAAAGUGAAUUCAGUCUGGAGGGUAGUGGCCGUCCCUCCUGAUGGCCUGGUGAGAAUAUGCAAACCCACGGGGGUGGAAACACGGCCUCUGGAUGAGUGGUUCUCACGGGAGGGGCCCGGCUCCUGGCGUCCAGACGGCAGACCCGCUCGCUGUGUUUCUCCCCACCGGCCACUCAGUCUCAGCUCUGCCUUAAGCACCAGAGGGCCUUCCUCGAGGAAACCCCAGCCUUUAGUUUUGUGGGGCUGUCGCAAGCCGAGGUCCCUCCCCUGAGCAGGGCUGCAGGGAGUUCACACCAAAGGCUGCAGGACUGAGCAGCCCCCGGGGAGGAGGGGGAGGGCCAGGGUCUGGGGCCCGCAUCCCUCAGCUUUGCUCGGCCCCCCGGAUGGGUGUGUAGACUGUGUCAAGGAUGGCCACUGAUCGCUUGUGCUCUGAUUCGAUUGGGCAGUAGAUCAGCUUCACUGCGGCCCCGGGAACCGUCGUUGUCACAGCUGCUUGGGAGUGAGGUGGGCUCGGGAGAAUCUGGACCGGCCGGUGGCCGCGUAGCAGGCGAUGCAGCCCCUCCUGUGAGGGUCGUGGUUGGACGUCAGGUUGAGGAGGGGUCCUGGGAGCCCCUCCUUGGGAAGCACAUCUAGAGACAGACACGGCUGAGGGUUGGCUUGAUGCUGCCUUAGGAGGUUUCGAGCUUUGGGGGUCACUCUUGCUUCUAGCCUGUGUGCACACGCGUGUUCGCUACAUGGAGAUUUCAAAAUGCAGUCUCAUCACCCAGUUUCAUCCAAGUGUGUUACUCUGUUAACUCAUAUCUUUUGCUUCCCCCCUCCAUUCCCCAGAGGGCUUCUCUCUGAGCUUCUUCUCCAAUUAAUCUGCUUGUCAUUUGGGACUGGGGAUCUGCCAGAGUGACCUUUUCUGUUACUUCUCCAGAUUUUCCCCUAAUGCUCCCAGUAAACUUUUCCUGGGUGGCCCUUUAAGGUGACCUCACGAUGCUCCUGUCUUUGCAAAAUAAACACACCUUUCACCCUCCCGCCUACUCUCAUCUUCCUCCCCAUUAAUUUUUUGCUUUUCUCACUUGGAGCUGGUGGUGCUUUAGAGGGGAGAUUGUCCACGAAUCAGCCCCGACUCUUCCGGUUGCAAAGCUGACUGGCUGUGCCACUUCCCCCUCGAAGGUGAGGUUUGGCCCUAGCCUGGGCGGGGCCCAUGGGCAGCCUGGCCUUGUCUGCGCAGCUAGAGACUGAGUGAGUCCUCAGGAGGGCACCGGGCAUUGUCGGUGCGUCUGGGACAGUGGCUCAUCUACUGUUGCCUUGCAGGAGCGGGUUCAGGAAAGGCAGGGCCCUGGGGGCCUCGUUGAAGCCUCGAUGGUCUCACAGAAGCAGGACUCGGGGUGGGGGCAGGUCCUGGACGUGAGGUGCUAGGCUGGCCUCUGAGCCUGACCUGCGUCCUCUCUCCAUACCGCGCUCUUCUGGGGAGGGGGCUCGGAGGGAAAGGCGAGGGGCUCAAGCCAAGACAGCAGGAGGUGGGCCGCAGGGGUGGGGGUCCCCUUGCACCCCUGAAAGGCUGGGGCUGCUGUCAGGCUGGCCCCCAGGUGGGGGAGGGCGAGACUGUGUCCCCAUGUCCCGCCAUGGGGGACUCUGACUCAGGCUGCAGCGCCGUGGUCCCCCCUCGUCCCCCCUCCGUUCCCUCUGCCUCUGUCUUGAUUGGUGGAAAGAGCUGUGAGACCCUCCCUGGGGUCUCUACACCCCCAUUCCAGGGGUAGCAUUUUGUCUCUGUUCACCUUACCCCCACCUGACUUCCCCUCCAAGAAAGCACCAGAGGGACCGUUUUAAGUCGGCUCCGUUGUAAAUACACGUGGUGGGGAUAGGGGUUUAGGGAGGGACCCAGAUGCGCUUUGUGAGCUGAAUGUAUUUUUAUGCAAUUGAGUGGCCUUUCAACUCUGAGAUGAAUGAUUUUGUUUUACUGGUUGUUAUAUAGUAUUAUUAAGUAUUCUGUGUUUGAAAGUUUGGGAAUAAUAAUAUCCACAUCUACAUGAUGCCUGUAAACACAACAGUAUUUAUAAAUAAGUAAAUUGUGUUUUAACUUUGUGACUGUCUCCACAGUUUAGGAAAUGGGGUUUAUAGAACCUUACAUAGGGCCAGUUUAGGAAAUGGGGUUUAUAGAACCUUACAUAGGGCCAGCCUGUGGUAGUUUCAUGUCACCAUCCUUGCCACUGGGGGCCUCUGUCCCAGGGACGGCCACAGGGGCCAAGGAGGAGCCUGGGGGACUCCCAGCCUCGGGGGUGGGCACUGGUGCUCUCACCCCGGGCGGCCGGGGCCCUGAGAAGGUGGCUUCCUUGGGUUCCCGGGGUCUCUGCCCGCUGCUCCGUGCAGCACUGUCUCUGCAGGGCCACCGCUCGGUUCAGGGCAGCCGGAACCGCUCCAUGGCUCCAAACUCUAAAGGCAGCUGGUGGGGGUCACUGGAGGCUAAGGUGCUCGGCCGCUGGCAGGGGGGCCAGGGUCGGGCCCUCCGUCCGUCCUAGCGUACCCCAUCUGGUUUGCUCAGACCCCAUUCACACCCAGCGGAGGCCCCGUCACCGAGCUGGAGGUCGCGGAGGUGAGGGAGGGAGGCGUCUUCUCCCCUGCGGCCACCCGGCUGCUGGCCUGCGGCCCCAAUCGGAGGCAAAGGAUCAGGUCUGGAGUGAGGGCUCCUCUGGGUGCCCGCUGGGCCCGGGCAGUCAGCGGAGACUGGGCAUCGCCUGGAGGCGGCGAGGCCCGGCCCUUCCCUCCUGAAGACUCCCCAGCCCUCGUGCUGGGCUGGCCUUGCCCCCCUCAAUCACAGCCUCUGCCAGGCCAGCCUUACAGGCUCUGCCUUCUCGUCCCUGGAGCUUGGCCCUGAGCCGGACGCCCCGCUCUACCUGCGGCAGAGGGGCUGCGGGGGCCUCCCUGAGGAGACGGCCUCCAGAUCGCAGUGAGGAUGGGUCACCCUUCCAGGUCUGGGGGCGGUGCUGCCCUACCGUCUCUUUCCAGAAAAUCCUGAAGCCCCGUCCUCGGCCUCAGGAGUCACAGACGUCUGAAGAAGUCGGCUGCGGUGAGCUAACCGAGGGCUUGUAGGAACCGUCCGUCCUCUGACCCCACCCCAGGGCCAGACGGUGGCCGCGCCCCGAGCCCGGCUCUGCUGGCAGUGGGGAGCCGGGGGUCUAGCCUCGCCCCAGCAGCUGCCCACGCGCCCACCGCCCAGCCGGACCUGGCCUGGCCUUCUGGUUCCUCCAGCCCCUGAGGGAAGAGCCGUGUCCCCAGCCUCACCCCCCGCGCUGACCCUGGGGGCGGCUCCUGCUCCCCAGCCCAGCAGGAACCGCCAGAGACCGCACCAGCGCGCUUUCAGCUCAUUCCUUUAAUAAGGAGACGCCGCUUAUUACAAAAGAACAUGUUGACAAGAGAUGAGACAAGAACAGAGUCCACAGGGCGGGGGGGUGGGUGCUGGACAUGGGUCCUUCCUGGGACGGGGAAGGCAGGGGUCCUGGUGGGCUGCGCGUGCCAGGGGGCCUGGGGCCUGCCCGCCAUGCUCUUGCAGUCUUCAGACCCCAGGAUUUCAGAAGCAGCGGAUCCCGCCCUCGGAGAGGAAGCGCCAGGGCAGAACGUCUGGCUUCUCGGAAGGGGUCCUGGGGUCCCGAUGGCUGAGGGGGGCCCUACGCACCCCCGGCUCCCGCCACCCCCCCAGCACAAGGGGCCUGGCUCGUAGCGCACAGGGCCCACCUGCCCACCUGCGGCCUCGUCGGCGCUCCUGUCAGACCCCCUGCAUUUCCCCCUCCUCCCAUCAGGGCUGGCCGGGGGGGUCGCUCCCGUGCGUGGCGUUCCUCUGCACCGGGGCCUGCGGCUACUGUCCCUCCUGGUUCAGCGAGAUGGCUCGGGACCUGGGGCCCCCCGGCCCCCUUCCACCUCCCGCCCUCCCAUGGGACACCUGGCCGGGGCUGGGCCGGGGCGCUGGCGAGGGUCCCUCGUAGCCAGAGCCGCCCAGCCGCAGGAGAGAGCAUGCGGGGGAGCUUGGCCUACUGUGCUCUCCAGCCCCCGGGGUCCCUCCCCACUGCCACCCUUGGCCCCCCAAGCCCCCAGUGUCACGUGAGCAGGGCUGGUUGUCCACCCGGGCGGCAUCGGGGACCUGACCACAGACCUGGCCACCAACAGCUCCUGAGAACCCUCGUCGCCUGCACGGGGUACCCCCAUGGCCCAUCCACCCCCCCACGUGGAGUCGGACCGCAACACCAGGUGAGGGAGCCGGGCCAGCGGGGGCAUCUGCUGGGGCCCCACUGGGAGACCUGGACACCAUCCGUCCUCGCAACGUGGGGCUGGGAGCAGAGGUGACGAUGGGUGAGCCCUUCACGAGUGUCCUGAGGGGAGCCCUGGGAGGAUGGCCCCGCAGGGGCCCCUGUAUGGCUUUUCAGUGAAUUCAGAGAGUGGGAGGAGGGGGCACACCACACACACACACACACACACAGGACACAGGGCUGGACGCAGGGCGCCGAGGGUCAGCUCUGCCCACGGUCCCCUGGUCAGACCAGGGCCAGAGGCCAACUCCCCCCGCCCCCCGCGCAUGGCAGGGCAGGGGGGCCGGGAGGGCGAGGGGAAGGACUUUACACACAGAGUCGAAGGAGCAGUUCAAGUUGUGUAAAACGGGGCUGGGGGCACUCAGCAUUGCCAUGCGGUUAUUUACACAGAGUUGAGACAUGCAUCUUGGUGGGACGAGACUGGGGUCAGUGUUCACAGGUGACCACCCUCUCCGUGAGGCUCAAAUGGCUUCAGAAGGUUCUUGUUGUCGCUUAAAAAAUAUAUUCUUGUGUCUUCAAGUCACAGUGUCCCCCUUCCCAGUAUUGCAGCUCAAAGAAUGGGUAGAAUCCUGGUGACCUGUCCCUGCCCCCUGAGGCUAGGGGUGAGAGCGAGGCAGAAGUGGUCGCAGGACUGGCCUGCCAGACAGAGCAUGGACGGCGGGGCAGCCUGAGUUUCGGGGCUAGCGGGGGAGCUGCAGCGACCCCACCCCCACCCCCACCCCUCACUGAAGCCCUGGGCCAGCAAGACCAUCUCAAACCGAUUCUAGAAGCACAAGCUACAUAUGGUUCCUGGGAAGUAAAAAGACCAGGCCUGAGGCUGCGUGAAUCCCUGCUGUCCCUUCCCCCAGCCGAGCGACCCGGAACGUCACUUCCCAUCCGGCCCGGCACCGGUCGCUCAUCAUCGGGGGCUUCCCCCAGCUUCCCCCAGCCCUCAGCUUGCGCGGCCAAAGUCCAGAAACGUGCCCAGAGCCCUGGCGGAGUUGGUUCCACUCUGGAAUGAUUAUUCAAGGAGAAAGGAGGAAACAGAGCUUUCUGGCCUCACCUCCAUUUUCUGGGUGGCACUGGGUUUCGUUUUUCAUGGUUUCAGUCCCUUUGUAAAAAUCGCCUCUUCUACUUUCCUCUCUGCAAUAGACUUUGGGAGUGAAAACGCACAGCCUGGAGGCCUCCAGAACCCCUCGUAGCCAACCUUAAUUCUGUCCCACUCAGGGCAGGAUCCCGACACCCCAGAAACGAGCCUGGUGGCAGUGAAGGUGCUCUGUGGACUGGCCCGGGCCCUAGGACCAGCCCACAGUCUUCGUCAGGUCCCAGCUUCUCGGCAUCAAGUGAAGAAUGACUUCCUGAGGACCAAGGGCCACGGGCAAGCCUGAGCCCCACUGCCCAGCUGCUGCUCCCGGAGGAGACGGCUUCUCACCACCUGCCCGGCCGGGAAACGCAGCCGGGCAGGAACACAUGCCUGCUCCUUUCUGACAGUGAAAGAGACGUCCCUCUGCCUCAGGCUGCAGGUUUGGAAGGAGACUCGGUGCACAGUGGACUAACGUAUAUAUGGCUUUUUAUCGAUGCUGGGGACACGAGGUGGUGAGCGGGGAACGAGCACAGUGACCGCGGGGCAGAACCCGGCCCACGUCCUCCGCCACCGCUCGGAAUGGCCGCCCUGCUCCUCGGGAUUCACAGCAAGUCCCUCGGGAGUGCUGGGCGGGGCCUCCCCGCAGGACCCCUGGGAAAACUCAGCUAGCUGUCCACUACCCUCCCUCCCCUCCUUACCUGGGCCUCAGGGGAGCUAAGAACCUGUAAACCUUCCUUUUCAAGCCCUCUGGCCCUGAACGGAUACCGUGUCUUCAGACAGCGCAGCUCCACUUGGAUUGAUUAAGGGAGAAGCACAGGCGGGAGGGGAAGAGAUGCCAGUGACUGCUGGCUUCCGUCCUAGAAAGGGAGCCGACAUCUGGGUCUCCCACCGCAAGGGCAAAGGCCCGGCAGUUUCAUUUUGGCCUUUCUGGGAAGCGGGUCUUCUGUUUCUUUGCGGUUUGACAUCACCCGUCAGCAAGGUGAGGUCGCGGGAUGGACAGUCCCCGUUCGAGUCCAGCCAGUCUAGCCUAUAGCUCAGGUCUGUGGUGUCCCGGGAAGCCCCCGGCAGCAGGAGGAGGUCCACGCCGGCACCGGGCUUUGGUCCUGGCUCUGCACAGUCCAGUCUCCCCGUCUCGCCUCCCAAACAAACAGCCACUCCCACACAGCGUGGGAGCUCCCCAGUCUGAGCAGGGUUCUAAGCCCUCUGCUCCCACAAGGCACCCUGUCCGCGGCCCUCCACGAGCACAGGGGAUGCGCACACACGCACGGAUCCCUGGCCGCUGGCUGCCUUCCGUCAGGAGUCAGGAGGUGCUGCCAUUGCGUUGGUCCGGAACGCUCAGAAAACAGAAAAUGCCACCACUUUCUGCCGAGAGAGCCUCCCUCGGGGUAAGGGCUGGGCGGAGCUUUGGAGGAGGAGGGUGGCGGGCAUGCAGCGAGGAAGCUCCCGGGGCAACGACGGGCCAGGCUUCUCUCACCUCCGAGGGGCCCUCCUCAGCCGCCGUUGGAGGGAGGGGGUCUUUAGAAAGAGGACGAGGGCAGAGGAGCGAGGGCACGGCCGCACACGGGUGGGCAGGGACGCCUCGAGGGCUGCCCAGCUGAGGCAGCAGCGGCUCUGGCCGCGGCCCCUACUUGUUCUUGCCCAGCAGCGCGUCCACCUCCUCCUCGGGCUUGAGUGAGUGCCACUGGGCGAUGGGCCGGCGGGGGUUGGCCAGCAUGUCGGACCAGUGCCGCAGCUCCGUGCCCGUGGCGCUGCUGCCCACGAAGAUCUUGCCGAUGGCUUCGUUCUUGCCCAGCUUGUCGUAAUCCAGCACGGUGACCACCACCUGGACUUUCUGCAGGGGGCAAAGGGAAGGGCAGUGGGCAGGAGAAGGGCCCGGCGGCCGGCCCCUCCCUCCCCAGCUCUAACUGGGCGGGCGGGCACACAGAGGUGGGGCCCGUGCCUCUGACGCAUUCUUCGCUUCUACCAACGACUGAACACAGGCCCCCGGCAGCGUGCUGAGCGCCUGGGAGCAGAAGGGCAGACGCAUCCUCGCAAGGUGACAAAGGUCACACCCGAGAGGCCAGCAGGAGGCACCUCGGGACCUCAGAGGGAGUGACGUCCGGCUGGUGAGUUAGGGCAGGCUUCACGGAGGAAGUGACCUGGACUGGGGGGUGGAGGGGCAGCAGGGGCAGGUGGGCGUCCACCGCCUCAGCGGCUGCAGCCUCUCCACACACACGCCCUGCCACCACCUCGCGGCCAAAAGGAGGUGUCUGUGAGCAGCUCCCGCUCACCUCCCCAGAAAAGGGGAGGGCUGGGAAGUGCCGGGCAUGGCCGGCCGGUCGUCAGUAGCAGUCAGUGGGGGAGGCCACCCGCCCCACGUCCACCCCUGCCAGCCCAGCACCUGGAUCUGCUCGAAGGGGAUCUCGAAGCUGAAGGACUCGUUGAAGUACGGGUUCAGGGUCUUCUUCUUCACUGUCGUCUUCUUCUUCUUGAGCCUCUUGCCGUUCUGCAUCAGGUGGAUCUUCACGUAGGGGUCUGUGCGGAGGCAGCCGGCGAGGCCCUGAGCACGCGCCCGGCCCGCCAGCCCAGGGACGGCAGAGCCAGCUUCCGGGCCAGGGCGGCCAGAGGCUUCACCUCUGGGACCCGCCAUGGCUGUGGCCGCCUGGAGCUCGGGGCUCUGCUGGGACGGGCCGGCGCUCAGUGAGGAGCCAGGGGGCCACUUGGUGGUGUCCGUCCUGGGCAGGGGGCACGUCAGCGACCCACCCCAUCCCAUCCUCCCGACCUUGUCAAUGAGCAACGAGGCCCAGAGAAGGGCACCCGUCUGCCCGAGGUCGCACGGGGGCUCAGGGACAGAGCUGGGCUGGCGGGAACCUGAGCAGUUCAGGAGGCCGGGCAGUCGCACCCCCCAGCCCCGCCCAGAGCCCCUUCCAAGGCAGGGCCGCCCCCAUCUCCCCCGCCCCCGGUAGAAGGGCCCGCGUCAGGCCGAGCCCUCCCACCGCCUGCCCUCCCUGUCCCUGCCUCACCUGGGGGUGACGUCCCUGACCCCUUCCCUCCAGAGCCCACAGGGAGAGCAGCAGAAAGGCAGCUCUCAGCGGGGCUCCCCGCCCCGUCCUGCCCUGAGGACCCAAAGCCGCUCAGACAGCCUGUGUGUCCCGCGCAUCUGAGGCCUGCUAUCCAGGUCGAGGGCUCUGGGCCGCGACCGGCUGGCAGGUGCCCCCGAUGGCGGCCAGAAGCCACGCACACACCUGAAAGGCCACCCACGUCCAUCUUCUUGAGGUUCUUGGCCUCCAGGAUGCAGACGGUCCCUCCACUCCUCGAUGGGCUGCCCCAGGUCCACGGUGUUCAUGGGCACCUUCACCUCCCCGAUGAUGUCGUGUUUGGAGAAGCGGUCAAAGUCGUAGAUGGCCAUCACCAGGGUCUUGCCCCCCAGCUCCUGGAGGAAGACCUUGACAUAAGGGUCCGAGGUGCCGCCCAUGUCCAGGGCGGGCAGCUCCGCGGCCUGCAGGACGCCCACGCCGGGGUGCCCGCCCCGUGGAGCCCUGGGGGCCGCCCCCGCCCCGCACACCUGGUUGGCCUGGAAGUCGUAGUCCAGGGAGAACUGCAGCUUCCCCAGGUUCUCCGGCUCCUCGGCCUCACCCUCGCCCUCGCCCUCCGUCAGGCCCGUCUCGGCGUCGUCAUCGUCCUGGGGGGCUGAGGAGGGGAGGGAGGGUCAAGGGAGAAAAGGCGGGGUGCCUGCCCCCGUGCAGACCCCAACCCAGAGCUGGAGGGGCUCCGUCGGGCCCCGCUUCCCCUCAGCCCCCGGCCCGGCCCUGUCCCUGCGGGGCCAGCACGGCCCAGAUGCCACGCGGCUUCUUGAGUGGCGGAGCCUCCCUGUGACCCCCGCCCCGCCCCCAGCUCAGGCCACCACGUGGGCAGCACGUACCAGGCGUGCAGGCCGGGCGUCCAGGCCAGGCGAGUCCACAGGUGGGAGGAGAAGGGAGAGAGUGGUAAGAAAAUCCGGCAGCUCAGACCAGCCGCAUGGCAGGGCCGGGGCCCCCACAGGCUCACACGCACACGCACGUCCACGUGCGUGCUCACACACGCUCUCACACACGUGUGCACGUGCACGCACAAACUCAAAGGCCACGGCCCCUGGCUGACCUCCUGAGAUCAGCCCUCCUUCCUCCCUCCACACUGAUACCUUGAGCAAGAAAUUCCUCCCAGAACAAACAUGGGGAAAGUGAGGCGCCCGGGGCCUCUGCAAACUUAAAAGGAGACACAGGUACAUCAGGGCGUCUUCCAGGCUGCUCCCUGAAAGAUGGGGAGAAGAGCCACGUCCUUGUGGACGAGAGACGGACCCACAGGGCCCCACAAUGAGGACAUGGUCCAGCAGCCCUGCCGGUGGGAAACCGGGUCACACGAUGGUGGCUUCCUGGUGGGCGGGGGUCUCUCUUCCCAGCAUUUUGUCCCAACGGCCUCCUUUCGGGUCAGUCAAGGACAGUCCCUGCUGACCUGAGCGAGCUCUUCCCACCUGGAGAGCAUCGAGGGGCCUCUGGUCACCCGGCCCCGCCUACCUGGCCACCCUUCAUGUCCUUCAUGUUCAUGGCGUUCUUGGCGCCCUUGCCCUUCUCCUUCUUGUUCUUCUUCUUCUUCCAGCAGCACUUCUUGCAGAUGCAGAAGCAGCAGGCGAGGAGCAGAAGGCCCAGGAGCACCGCGAUGGCGCCCAGCGCCCAGGGGGGCACUGCCCACAGGGAGAUGGGGUCAGCGGCGCUCGGGCAGCCCCGACCCCUCAGGGAUAGAAAGCUGGGUCGGGGCCCGGCCCCGCUGCCGCACCCCGCGUUGUAAACCCACGCUAAGUUGCAUACUUCGGUGCCCUCCCCUUUCUGCCGCCCCAGCGGGGACAGCCUGUGACAGGGACAGCAGCCAGGCGCAUACCACGGGGCCCCCAUCUGGGCUCUGCUGAGAUCUAACGACUUUGACCCUUGGAACUGCGGCUUACACGAAGGAUGGGAGGGUCCUCAUCAGACCCCAGUGGGGUAGGAAGGCCCGGCCCUCAGGCGCAGUCCUGAGAGGGCUGAGCCUGCUCCAGGAGGCCGGGCUCAGAGGGCCCGCGGGUUUGGGGAAGUGCGGGGAGGGGCGGGCCGCGGGCCGGCCGGGGCUGCUCUCCGAGGUGCUGAAGCACCGCCUCCCACCAGUGGGGCUGCUCCCCGAAUCCGGACCUCGGGUUUCUCCCCACAGCCUUUAACCAGAAAUCCAGGAAGCAGUAGGGGGUUUUAUUUUCUAUCUUGCAAAAUAAAGUAGUUUUAAAGUA